AUGAAAAAGGGAGCAAAGAAAUAAAAUAAACGAGAAUCUGAACUAUAACAAAUUGAAGAAAUCAAAUUGGUUGAAAUCUAUGGUAUUAAUAAAACUAAUUGUAGAAUGUAUGAAUGAUCCAGACAUUGAAUAAUCAGGUGUCAUAAUCAAACUUGAAGAUUUAUUGCUUGAAAGCCCAUAAGGAGUUUUACUAAGUUUUGUGUCUUUUUACUUAAAGUUGGUUGGAAUGGAUCAUUGCAAUCAAUAUUUGAAGGGAUUGAGUCUAGUCAAUGUCAAUUUGGAAGAAAUAAUUAAUAAAUUGGAAUCUCUCUAACUUGAAAAUUAGUCCAAUUUAAUUGAUGAACAAUAAUGCUAAUAAAUUGAGCAUAAUAAAGUUUUAAAACAAUUUUUUGAUACCCUAUUUUCAACUUAGACGUAGUUGCCCUUCCAAUGCGAGGGAUUUUUCAGAUAUACAUAUAACUGGCUUACAACUAUCUCCUAAACUAAGUUUAGAACUGCUAGAUUGGCUGCCUUGGAAGUCAUUGAUUUAAUAAUUAGUUCCAUAUCCCACUUCUUAGAAUCUAUAAGUAUAAUUUUGAUAGAUUAACCAUAGAAAAUGAACAGGAAUUGAAAGAAGCAACUAAAUUUAUUAAUAAUAUUUUCGAAUAUUUAGUAACUAAUAGAACUUAGGAUGUGUAAACUUUAAUUAAGAGAAAAGCUAUCCAAAUUCUAUUCCAUUCCUUUUUGAAUCCAGAUGUUCCUACUGACCCCUAUUAUAGUUACUUAGGGUGUUUAUUUUUAAGUGAAAAUCAUGAAUGCAGGGAAUCAGCUUUGAAUGAAUUAGAAAAGAUCUAAAAGUCUUUGAUUGAAAGUAAAAAAUCUCUCUAACCAAUAAUUGAUUUUCUACAAGAAGAAUAAGAGGCUGUAAUAAGCUUAAUAUUCGAUCCCAAUGAAAGUGUUCAAUUAAAAUUGAUUAAUUUCUUAAAGGUAUUAUCGUAGUAAUACUUUAUAGAUGUUUUCAAAAAAUACAAAUGUAGUGAGUAAUUUUUUUAAAACCAAGACUUGCUAAGCCUUCAUUAGAAUAUUAUUUGCAAAAAAUCUUAGAGUGAGAUAUGAAUCUUCCUUUUUGUUGCAUUUAUUUGAAAAACCAAUUAAAAGUGUAGUAAAAUUGACUGAAUUUUACUUAACGUAUGCACCUUUUGAAAUUCAAAGCUAUGAGGAAUGCCAAAAUUUUAUAUUUUCUUUUGUUCAUAGUCAUCCUUUUGUCUGCUUGCCUGAAUAAUACUCUCAGUUUUUUGAAGGGGAUUAGUAAGAAUAAUUCUAGAUUAUGGGUUUCUAUUUUUAUGCAUCGAUAUUAUCAUAUCAACAGACUUAAACGAAAUUCUGGUGGUUAGAGGUGAAGGAUGAAGAAACCCAAUUCACCGAUUAAUUUACUAGUUACUUUUUGAGUAAAGUUAAGUCCUCAAUAGAUUUGAUUGAUGAGGUAUUUAUAUCAACCUAUAAUCUUUUAGAAUUUGCUAUUUCCUUAUCUACACAUCUAUUAAAACUUAAAUUCUAAAUCAAUACCUCUUAAGGAUAUUAAAGCAAUUGUCAUUGGAGUGUAAAAGAUUUUCUAAAAGAGUCAGAAUAUUGGAAUAAUUAAUCAGGUCUGCAAAUUGAUGUUUAUAUACCAAUAAUAACAAUCAGAUUCAGAAGUGAUCAAAGAUUGUCUAAAGGAAUUAGUUAAGUAUGGUAUAAAGAUUUACAAGGAGAAAUUAAACUUUUUGAAUCUUUAGAAAAUUGAAUGUUUGAUAAAACAAAAUUUAGUUUUUCCAAAAUAAAUUCUGAAUCCAAUCAGUUCCAUUUUUGAAAAUAAAGAUGAGAAAUCAAUCAUCAUAAAUGCUAACUUAUUGUCCAGUUCACUUCAAAAUUAAAUCAGAAAUCUAUUAAGUUCUAAUAAACCUUAAGAGAAUGACCAUGAGGCUAAUUACAAAGAAAUAAGGGAUCUAUUUUUUAAUUAUUGCUUCUAAAUUUUGGAAAAUAAAAAUAAGGAUCAACAUCAUAUCACUAUUUUACAAUUAGUCAUCAACAAUUUAAUUUAUACUAACAAUUUUAAACUCUAAAGAUUGAACUUAUAGUAUUACAUAUCUUCCUAAACUUAUUCAUUAUUGUACAUCCAUUUUCAUAAUUUUGUACUUUCUGAAUUAUCUAGAUAAGUUAAAUUAGAAAAAGAAAAAUAAAAUGAUUUCAAAAGAAGGAAAAGCCGCCCUUUGAUUGAUAAUUUACCUUAAAUCAGUACUUUAUAAAUGGAAUUAUUCAACAAUUCAAUAAAAUUGAUGAAUCAAUGUCCAUAAAUACUAACAAAUAAAGAAUUUGGCAUUCAAUUCCUUUCUUAUCUAUUUGAUCUCAUGAAAUCCAGUUGUUACUUUAGUGAUUUAAAACCAACUAUUUUAACAUCAAUUUCAUAAUCAUUAUAAAAAGUCAUAGAGAAUGAUCAGUGUUCCAAAAAGGAGGAUUUCUGGAAAUUUGUUGUUGAUUAUUCCUCAAUUCACUAUUAAUCAUAAAGUGAAGAAAACUUUAAUGAAUUUGUAAAAUUAUGCAUAAACUCAUACAUUGCUUCUGUUAAUAAAUAAAAUGUUAAUGAAAAGAGAAUGAAAUUUAUAAAUCAUUGUGCUGAAAUGAUCCAAACAGGAUUUUAAGAUUUAUCCAAUAUAUUUCUAUUUGGAUUAUUAAGCCACAUAUUUUAUAAGCCAACAAAAUUAUUAAAAACAUUGUAAAUUGAUAAACUAACCUAUUAAAAAUUCUAUGCCUUUUAUGAAUCUAAGAGUUCAGAAUACCAUCAAAGUAAUAAAUAAGAAGAGGAGAAGAAGGAAAUCCUUAAAUCAGAGUAAUAAUUAAGAAACAGAUUAAAAUAAUAAACUGGACUUACCACUAAAGAGAUUAACAAAAUAGUGAACAGGGUUUCAAAAAGUCCCGAGAAACUUAAUGUUGUCCAAAAAUGCAUAAUCGAUAAUAGCCAAGUUAGUAACAGUAAAGAAAAACUGAAAUAAGACUCUGACGAAGAGUUAGAAAUCCCUUUUUCAAAGUAGAAAGCAACUUAAUGA